CUUGGCCGUACAGUCCCGAAAAGCUCGCUUCCAGAGCUGCCGAAGUGGCGGAAGUGAAGGAUCAGCGAAACGAAGAGGAUCGUCUGUCUUCUGGAGACGGUGCUGAAGACACGACAGGAGACGGUAAUGGAGAUCGUCAUAAUGAUUGCGCCAGCCAUGAAGAAGUUCGUGAUGGGGAAUAUCUCGAUCGAGGCAUACAGCGCAGUGCCACUGCUGAUAACACCGAUCUACUUGGCGCAGCCAAUAUUGCUCAGAGCUCAACCGCCAAGACUGAAACCAACGUUGCGAGUUCGCUCAGCAGCGCACCUACCACGUUUACCGAAGUGUCUCUACGAGGCGCGAGGUCUCGGAAGCAAACGGCUACUCGACGUACGGACCGACAGCCGAGUGUGCCUGCCGACGACCUGCAGAAUCCUGUUAAACGAGACACAGACGGUGACACGUCGUCUGUGUCUUCACAGUCGACGAGGACGUCCGUUGAGAGGGAAAGCGACGAUGCGGCUGCGGAGCCACUGUUCGAGAGAAGAGGAGUCGCUGAACCACUGCGAGUCCCCAUCGCUGCUCCAAGUGAUGGUACUAGUGGAUGGUUUUGUUGCUGCCAUCGAAAGCCGAAGGUUACGAACCGUCGACCUGCACUGACACCGAAAAAGAGGUCUCGACUGCAUACAGUUCGAACACAGACGACGGAUGUUCUGAAAACAAGUGUAGACGGGUGCAGUGCGAUUUCAGUGAGCGUUUCGCCUAGUGCUCUUCCGACGGACGAAGAACUGGGUGUCAAAGCUAUAGAGGACAGUAUUUGCCACAGUAGUGACAGCCUAGAAGAUUACGGCCAACCGAUAACGACCUCAACGCCCCACAAGAACGCCGACCUCUGUGACAAAUCUCGUUUCCCAGAGAGCGGGCGUCGACCCAGGAGACCGCGACAAGAAAUUCCUUCCUCGGACUCGCGCUGUAGAAGUUCGCGCUCGAAAAGCGAAAGGACUGAGGAAAGUAUAGCCUCGGUGUUCCCGUCGUGUCCAGCCGAGAACGUGGUUUUCUCCAGUUCCGUCCAAAGGAAGCGAAUGUUGCGGGAGAGCGACGGCGCGAACCAGCUGGCCGGGGAUAAUGACGGGGGAUUCAUGAGCGGCGAAGUGUUGCUGGACAGCCGCGUCGUCGCGGUGAGGGAGACCGCCAGGACUGGACCGGCAGGCGGUGGUCGCGGCGCGCGGUCGCUGUUGCUGUGCUGUGGCGGACGCAGCGCCGGACGAAAGAAAUCGCCGCCCAGGCGGAAACUCCGCGUCGUGCUCCGACACCGCCGCAGGAAGAGCGGGCCGCGCCACCACAGGGGGCAGCACUGCUCUGACGUCACCGAUAGGCCGUCCCUCAAGGUGCACAACUACCGGUACGGCCGGCUGAACGUGCUCCGGUGGCUGCUGUGGGAGGCGGAGAUGCCCGCGCUGGAGCGCAGCGCCAACGGCGCGCUGGCCCUGCACUACGCCGCCGCCAGGGGCUGCCUGGACUGCGUGCGCCUGCUCGUCGAGUCCUCCAACGAGCUCAGCGCCAACACGCAGAUGGACAACGACGUGACGCCGGUGUACCUGGCGGCGCAGGAGGGGCACCUGGACGUGCUGCGCUACCUGGUGACGCAGGCGGGCGGCUCGCUCUACGUCAGGGCCAAGGACGGCAUGGCGCCCGUGCACGCCGCCGCUCAGAUGGGUUGCCUGCCCUGCCUCAAGUGGAUGGUGCAGGAGCAGGGCGUGGACGCCAACCUGCGCGACGGCGACGGCGCGACGCCGCUGCACUUCGCGGCGAGCCGCGGCCACGCCGACACCGUGCGCUGGCUGCUGCGCCACGGCGCCAAGCUCACGCUCGACCGCUACGGCAAGAGCCCCAUCAACGACGCCGCCGACAACCACCAGAUGGAGUGCCUGAACAUCCUGGUGCAGCACGGCGCCACGCCAGACUACCACGAGGAGACGACGGCCCGCACCAACGGCAAGGUGCGACCUGCGGCGUGCUGCCGCGACCCCGACCCCUGCUGCGCGUGCUCGGAGUGCGGGUCCCGCGAGCCGUUCUACCUGCACCCGCCCGGCUCUGGCUCCGCCUCCGGCGCGCCCCCGCAGCGCUCGCCCAGCGGCGGCAGCACGGGCAGCGGGGGCAGCGCCGCCUCCUCGUCGUCGGUCGGAGUGACGGCCCCGGCGCCACCACCGCAGCAGGACGGGCUGUACGUGAGCCCUCUGGUCGCCGCCCCCGCCGCCGCCGCCGCCCCCGCGCCCGCCAGUAGUCGCGCCAGCACCUGCAGCUCCAGCUCGGCCGGCAGCGACCCCUUCUACCUGCACGACCCGCGCGGCGUACCCCACACGCGCGUCAAGGACCUCUUUCAAGAGCAGCAGCAACAGCACAUACAGCCUCCACCCGUCGGAGUCACAGUGCGCGUGGAGGUUCACCAGAGCAGCAGCUCGGGCGCCGGCUCCGACGAGAACCUCAGCGACGUGAGCAGCGAGCCGCCCACCGCCCCCGUGUCCGCCGUGGGGCCCGUCAGCGCCGCCCACGCGCACGCGCCGCCCUCCGUGGCCGGCGACCACGACCACGACUACGAGGACAUCAACCUGGUACACGACCACGCCAACAACAAGGAUGCCGACUCGCUCGCGCAGACUUCGCGCGCGCCGUCCAUGGCGCCUUCUACAGAGUCGGGCGUGUCGAGCGCCUCGCCGUCGGAGCUGGGCCACUCGGAGAGCGACGACGCCGAAGCGUCUCGCGCCGCACAGGAGGCCGUGGCCGCCGCCAACGCCAGGAACACGCUGCCGCACCGGCCCAGCAGCGGCUCCUCCAGGGCCCUGAAGCGAGUGGUGUCGGAGCCUGCACAGCUGUCUCCACCGCCUCCGCCCCCACCACCUCCAAUCGCCGCCCCCGACAUGGACGCCCCAAAAGCCGCCCCUGCCCAGACUGACGCCUCCCCGCAAGCAGACUCCAGCAAGUCACACCAGCAGGAGGCGGUUCCAGCUCCGGAGGCAGCCGCCCCCGCGGAAGAGGCGCCGGCCAAGGCAGACACCGUCGUCUUGGAGGAGCCGUCGCUGAGGCCGUCCGAGGUCCGCAAGACCAACAGGUCGCCUUCUAUCGCGUCCACCUCAUCAGCGGCCAGCAGCGCCAGUGGAGGGGGAGCCACCCCUCCGGCCUCGACGACGCCCGCUCCGGCAGCCGCCGUCACUCCGGAUCCGCAGCCCGAGCCCGAAGGCCGCUCGGGACCCAACCUGGUCAACAAGCAGAUGGUCCUGCCCUUCAUCCCGCCCAGGUUUCCCAGCGGAGCCGGCGACUCGGACGCGCUCAUCAAGCCUUCGGAGUACCUGCGCAGCCUAGGCGGCAAGCCGACCCCGGUGGCGGGCCUAGGCGUCAAGACGGAGUCCUCCGCGCAGCAGUCGACGGUGGCGGCGUCCGCCGAGCGCCCGCCCCCGCCGCCCCCACCCGCCCUCUGCGCGCCCACCACCAACGGCAGCGGCGACGACGAGCCGACGACCCCCACCGGCGGCGAGGAAGGGGGCAACGGGACCCAGAGCCGCAAGACGCUGCCGCCGCAACCACUGGGCGCCAUCAGCAUACAGGAGCUCAACAGCGUGCAGCUGCGACGCACCGAGAAACAGCCCGCCACCAAGACCAUGUCGGCGCCCCCGGCCAAGAACAACAUCCUCUCGCCGGAACAACCGUUCCUGGCGCAGAAGGAGGACCUGAUUGCCGAACUGAAGGCGUCCAAGGACAUCCCCGGAAUCAAGAAGCUGAAGGUACAGCGCGCUAAAGUGGAGGAGCUACAGGAGAAAGAACUGCUGAACGAACUGUCUCGCACUCUGACCGCCAGCACGCUCAUGGAGAAGAUCCCGGACAAGGACGCAACGGGCAACCCGAUCCCCGAGUGGAAGCGGCAGAUGAUGGCAAAGAAGGCGGCUGAGCGCGCGCGCAAGGAGAUGGAGGAGCAGCUGGCGCGCCAGGCCGAGGAGAAGAGGCUGCAGGCCAUCCCAGCCUGGAAGCGGCAGCUGCUCGCCAAGAAGGACGACUCCAAAUCGACUCUGAGCCGCGGCCCAGAGGAGAAGCGACCCAGCAAGGCGGACGAGCGGCUGCAGGCGGCGCCUGGCGCCCCCACACCCGUGGACAGCAGCAACAAGGAGAACAAGACGCCGCCCCCGGAGACGCGGCCCGACCCAGGCACCGAGGAGGACGACGAACCGCCGGCGCCCAUCAUGCCGUGGCGCGCGCAGCUGCGGAAGACCAACAGCAAGCUCAGCCUCAUAGACUGAGCGACUUCCUUCCCCCCUCCCCCCCCCCCCCCCCAUGUGCUACUCAGAUGUGACUGCUCUCCCGCUUUGGACGAUUGUUCGUGUAUAGUUGUAUUCACCCACGUCGUCAGCAGCAUAGUGUAAAGAAAAAGGGACUACGUGAUAAGAUAAUUAUACAAAAAUUUCGUUAAGGGACAUCUUCGAACAUAAUAAAUAAACCGUUAGGAUCUUUGGUGAUAUUUAUGAACACUAUACAAAGAUAUGUUCUGUUUACCCUCUGAUGUUUAUUGUAUGGACUAUAUUGUAUUUAUUACUGUAUGCUGGUGUGAGUAUAGCUGAGUUUCUGCUUCGUCUCAUGCUAGAUUUUAUUGAUAACGAGAACAUUUCAGGUUAUUUUCAAUUUCCCCGAUUUCGUUAAACAGGAAAGUGUUUCAUUUUAACCAUAGGUAUAAUAGACAGAUAAUCAGAAAUUUCUUACAAUGAAGCUAACACACCUUGUUGGAAUUUAUUGAAUUUAUUUCAGUACUAACAUAAAUUUAUGCAUCAAAUUAAUUAUACAGUCUAUGUAUUGUUCUAUCCAUUGUUACUAUAUUGUGCAUAGUUUAAGUAAAUAAAAGAAAAAAAUUUCGUUAUUAUUGAAGAGAUCCAGCACAUUAAUUCUGCUGAAAUACUGUGACUAUACCAUUCCAAGAUUAUUUUUAUGUGCCUUACACUACCUUAUAAGAAUAGUUACUCCAUACUUUGUUAGUUAAUUCAUUAAUGUAUGAGUUCUUUAUUCAGUAUAAAUGUACAAAAUUAUUUGGUACAUUUACAAUUUUCACAUGCAUUUAUCAGAAUGGCAGUGGUAUAGGCUCUUACACAUAAGACUUUAUGGGAUUGUGUACUAUUUCAAAUGACUCGUAAAUAGAAUCUCUAACUUUUACCCAUUAUAAUAAUAAUAAUAAUAAUAUUGACACUUGGAUGUGAGAGUGUUAGAUCUCACAUCAGCUCCUAAUGUGAGAAUCAUACCUCCACAAUUAUUUAUUACACACUACCACUGACAGAUUUUCUGAAGUCUGGUGUUCUACAAUAAACUGUAAGAGGAUUCUGUGCAUGCUUCAGUAAGUCUGUUUCUUUCUAACAUAUUUCUGAAGUAUAAUUUAAGCAGUUUUCUUAGAAAUAUUCUCAUUUUCGUUUCUGUUAUAGUUGUUCAACAUAUGAACAUGACCAUAAAAUAUAUCAUUUACUUGCAAAUUAUAUGUGAUACUAUGUUAUGUUUGGGUGAUGGUGAAAAAGAAAUGAGGCAAAUGUAUGUGAGCAGUAUACAUGGGAACUAACUGAUAUAAAGUGUAAAUUUUCGUUAUUCAGCAUAGUAACUUGUAAAAUUUCUGUAUAUUUUUGUUGUAUUGUUAUAAAAUAAAUCUUUGCUGCA